AACUUCCAAACCUUUGUACAAAACAUUCAAGGAAAUCCACCAAAGCGAGGGAGAUCGGUCAACCUUUCUCUUUAACCAGGUCCUCAGAAACUCAGAACCUCCAGUGAGCGCAGAGAAUCUACAGAUAUCUCCAGUCCUCCGCCUUCCCUAUUCUAUAUCCAAGUUUCAUUUUUUCCUUUUUUAUUUAUUUUUUAGCCAUUGAAAGCUCUGCGAGUAAGAACCCACGAGCAGAUAAAAAAGAAGCCCCUUAAAAAAACCAGCAGUGGAGCAGAGAGAAGGAGAACAGAAAGCUCAAGAAAAAAAAGGUUGCAGGGGAAGUCGGGAUGGCGCGCAGCUCUGGCUGCCGCCGCUGGAUUCCUCAAAUUGAAUGUGCGCCAGCAGCCGCCGAUCCUGGAGACGGAAGGAGGUAAUCAACGUCGGAUUAUACGGCGAUAAAGGCGCCUCCUUUUUCGCUGUAAGUGAAGGAAAGAGGGAGUUUUACCAUGGCGGCUGCGAACGCUCUGGCGACCGGAGAAUCGUCGUCAGCCGCUACGGUGGAGGCGACUGCAAGGACGGCGAGCAGGCGUUACGAAGCACUUGUUUCCGUGCGGACUAAAGCGAUGAAAGGGAAAGGAGCUUGGUAUUGGGCCCAUUUAGAGCCGUUGCUCGUCCAUGGCUCCGAUUCUAGUUUACCAAAAGCCGUCAAGCUCCGCUGCUCUCUCUGCGACGCCCUUUUCUCCGCCUCUAAUCCCUCCCGCACCGCUUCGGAGCACCUCAAGCGCGGAACUUGCCCCAAUUUCACCUCUGCUGCAGCCGUCGCCGCUGCUUCUGCCGGGCUCUCCUCUGCCCCAACGCCUAUCUCUUCCUUCCCUCCAUGCAGAAAGCGCCAAUCUUUACUUCCCUCCGACUCCAUGCUCUCACCUUUUUCCUCUUCACCGCCGCUGCCGGGGAUUCCCGCUCUCCCGGCGCCCCACCAUCGACUUGCACUUUCAGGAGGAAAGGAGGACCUCGGCGCGCUCGCCAUGCUCGAAGAUAGCGUUAAGCGGUUAAAAAGCCCCAAGGGAGCCUCGCCCGGCCCUGCACUGGCGAAACCCCUCGCUGAUAUCGCCCUCUCUCUCCUCGCCGACUGGCUUUUUGAAUCCGGCGGCGCUGCUUCCCCUUCGUCCCUCGAUCACCCCAAGUUCCGCGCUUUCUUACACCAAGUCGGCCUCCCCGCUCUCUCUCCUCGAGCUCUCUUCGGCCCAAUCCUCGACUCCCGUUUCCACGAUGCUAGCGUCGAGUCCGCCGCCCGCUCACACGACACACUUUACUUCCAGCUCAACUCCGCCGGGUGGAACACUGCACCUGAUGCAGAGCAGAGCUUGCUCAGCCUCGCCGUCAAUCUCCCCAAUGGCACCACCGUGUUUCACCGUGCGACUGUCUCCACUUCUCGCGCUCCUUCCGACUAUGCUGAAGACGUUUUCCGCGACGCAGUAGCUAAGAUUUCCGGCGGCGCAGCCCACCGCUGCGCCGGCAUUGUUGCCGACCGGUUCAAGUCAAAGGCACUCCGCAAUCUCGAAACGCAGAAUCACUGGAUGGUGAACGUCCAUUGCCAGCUCCAGGGCCUUCAUGGCCUUAUCAAAGACUUCACCCGCAACCUCCACAUUUUUCAUUCCGCCGCUUCGAAAUCCUCCCGCCUCGCUGAAUUCUUCAAUACCAAUUCAUUAGCUCGCGCCGUUCUGCAAAAAUAUCAGCUUCAAGAACUCAACCAUUCCCGCCUUCUCCAUUCCCAGAACUUAAACGCUGUCUUGGAAGACUUGAUAUUUUUCUCACAUUCCCUGCAACUCGCCAUCCUCGAUGAGGACUUCAAGCUCCUCUGCCUGGACGACUCGAUGGCGAGGGAGAUUUCAGACUUGAUUCGAGACGCGAGGUUCUGGAACGAAUUGCAGGCCGUUCAUUCUCUUGUUAAACUGGUAGAGACCAUGUCAAAGGAAAUGGAAGCAGAGCGGCCGCUCAUCGGCCAAUGCCUGCCUCUCUGGGAUGAGCUCCGCGGAAAGGUGAAGACUUGGCUUGCAAAGUUCCACAUUGAAGCCGUCAUCGACGUCGAACGCAUUGUCGAGCGGCGGUUCAAAAAGAACUACCAUCCGGCGUGGUCGGCGGCGUUCAUAUUGGAUCCGUUGUAUCUAACCAAGGAUGCUAGCGGCAAGUACCUGCCCCCAUUUAAAUUCUUGACGCCGGAACAGGAGAAGGAUGUCGACCGAUUAAUAACGCGGCUGGUUUCGAGGGAAGAAGCUCACAUUGUGCUCAUGGAGCUGAUGAAAUGGAGAACAGAUGGCUUAGACCCGUUGUAUGCCCAAGCCGUGCAGAUGAAGCAGCUGGAUCCUGCAACGGGGAAGAUGAGAGUGGCAAAUCCGCAGAGCAGCAGAUUGGUGUGGGAAACUUGCCUUAGUGAGCUAAGAUCGCUGGGCAGGGUGGCCGUGCGUCUUAUCUUUCUGCACGCCACAGCCUGCCGUGUUAGGUGCAGCCCAAAUCUUCUCAGGGUGGCGCGGCGGUCGAGGCUGGCAUCUGAAAGAGCGGAGAAGAUCAUAUUUGUGGCGGCUCAAGCGAGAUUUGAAAGACGGAGCUUCUCUGACGACGAGGAGAAGGAUGCUGAAAUUUUCGGAGAGAAUGAGGAUGACGAUGCAUCUUCAGUGUAACAAUUUUUUUCUUCUUCUUUUUUUUCUUCUUGUUUUAAUUUAAAGUUGAUUUCUUUAUUUGAUCUUUUCUGGCAUUAUGUUGGUAUUGCUGGAUUCUUUGUUUGGAUUCUGAGCCAGCUGGUAGUUCUGGUAGCUUGCUUUUGCUGUGGGGAUUUUGAUCAGCAAAGGAGUUUGUUUGGAGAUAAAGGAUGAUUUCUUCUUGUUUUGUAAUGCAGUUAGCAGGACCAGGAAGAACGAUGUAAAAUUUUGUUUCUUAAAGAAUAGCAUGCUUAUGUGAUUCAGAUUUUCUUAA